AAAGAAUUUUACUUUCCGUUCUUCAUUACAACUGUUCGAGUUUUGUUCACUCUUCUGGCUUUAGAGAUUCUUAGGAAUCUGAAACUUAUUAAUCUCUCUGUUUUAACACUGGAAGAAAGUCAGUCAUUUUUAUGGCCAACUAUUUGUUAUAUCAUUCAGGUCACUACUAGUUUAGGAGCGAUGAAGGGAAUGUCUAUUCCUCUGUAUACCAGCAUCAAGAGAUGUGGCCCCUUGAUUAACAUGGUUUUAUCAAUAAUCUUACUGAAGAAGAAGAAACCGAGUUGGCUGAGUCAAGUGUCAGUAAUCUUAGCUGCUAUUGGAUGUGUGAUUUCAGGAACUGGUGAAUUAACAGUGAACUAUCGAGGCUAUGUGAAUGCUACAGUGAGUCUCCUUUCUAAAUCAUUUUAUUUUACCUUAGUUGAAGCCCAAGACUACGGAGUUUUAAAAUUUAUACAACUUCUCUGCUACAACUCGCUUCCUAUUCUACUGUUUAUGUCCUGGUUUACAGACGAACUAAAUCAAGCUUUUAGUUUUAUUCAGUCCUCAGAUCUUCAAUUUUUGACCCUGUUUGUCUUGACUGUGGUAAUUGGCAGCUGUCUGGUGUAUGUUGAAUUUCUUUGUAUCACACUAACUUCUGCUCUCACUGUUUCAAUUCUUGGUACAAUUAGAAGCCUCUGCCAAAUCAUCUUAGGAUUUUUCUUGGUUGAAGGAGCACCUAGUAACACGCUCUUCCUAUUGGGAAUCGGCUUGAAUUUUUUCGGAGGACUGCUCUACCUUACUGAAAAGUUACUACUAAAAUCUAAAUAUCGUUAUCAGUACGCUUGUUUUAGAAAUUUCUUUGUAAGGCAUGAUCUGUAAAUCGAUAGUUUGUGUGACACUACGUCAAAAUAAGA